CGAAAAUUUUUGGGUCGGGUCGUGUUCGAUCGGGUUCUUUUGACAGCCCUACCUUUUGUGUUGAUCAAAUCUGAUUAUGCUUGGCAUUACAGUCAAGAUGGUACUGAUCUUGUGGUGAAAGGACCUUCUGGUAAUCAGAUUCAAGAUUCUCAUGACAAGAUCAGUGAGAAAUUUGAGUUUAUGGCUCACCAUAAGGGUGUUCAUCCGUUUUGCUUUACCAACAAGUCUCCUUAUCAUGAAACCAUCGACUUUGAUGUACAUGUUGGCCUUUUUGCAUACUACGAUCAGCAUGCAAAGGACGAGCAUAUCAACCCCUCGUUGGAACAGAUAGGGAAGUUGGAGGAGGCUCUCUACAACAUUCAGUUUGAGCAGCAUUGGCUGGAGGCUCAGACUGAGCGUCAAGCAAUUGUGAAUGACACAAUGAGCAGAAGGGCAGUCCAUAAGGCUUUCUUCGAGUCAGCAGCACUUUUUGGGGCAAGUGUUCUCCAAGUUUACCUUCUCCGCCGCCUUUUUGAGAGGAAGCUCGGUAUCUCUCGAGUUUAACUUUGAUACUGUCAGAUGACGCCUAAUUAAUCAUAGAGUUUGGCUACCAAC